AUGAGUGACUCGCCCAAACGAGACGUGCGCAAUCAUGUGCUCUUCGAGGUGGCCACCGAGGUCGCUAACCGAGUCGGUGGAAUCUACAGCGUCCUCAAGUCGAAAGCCCAGGUAACAACGGCCGAGUAUGGUUCUAUGUACACUUUGCUCGGGCCCUUGAAUCGCGCUUCGGCUGCUGUCGAGGUGGAAGAGAUCGAGCCCAGAGAUCCCGCAUUGAUUGCGACCAUCAAGAGCAUGAACGACCGGGGCAUCCAGACGCUGUACGGACGAUGGCUGAUUGAUGGUGCUCCGCGUGUGCUGCUGUUCGACACCGGUACUGGCUACUACAAGCUUGAUGAGUGGAAGGGCGAUUUGUGGUCUACUGCUGGCAUUCCAAGUCCACCAGAUGAUCAUGAGACGAAUGAGGCCAUCGUGUUUGGAUAUUUGAUCGCAUGGUUCUUGGGCGAGUACGCGUACCACAACAAAGAGAACGCCAUCAUUGCACAGUUCCACGAAUGGCUUGCGGGUGUUGCAUUGCCUCUCUGCCGAAAGCGGAAAAUCGACGUUACCACCAUCUUCACCACACACGCAACACUCCUCGGACGAUAUCUCUGCGCUGGCUCGGUCGACUUCUACAACAACCUGCAAUACUUCGAUGUUGAUGCGGAAGCUGGCAAGCGAGGCAUCUACCAUCGCUAUUGCAUAGAGCGCGGUGCUGCUCACAGCGCAGAUGUCUUUACCACCGUCAGCCAUAUUACGGCAUACGAGAGCGAGCAUCUGCUGAAACGGAAACCCGACGGUGUGCUCCCCAACGGUCUCAACGUCAAGAAGUUCUCUGCCACGCACGAGUUCCAGAAUCUCCACCAAACGAACAAGGACAAGAUCACCGACUUUGUACGCGGCCACUUCUACGGACACAACGACUUCGACCCUGAAAAGACGCUCUACUACUUCACCGCCGGCAGAUAUGAGUACCGCAACAAAGGUGUCGACAUGUUCAUCGAGUCGUUGGCUCGUUUGAACCACCGAAUGAAGAGCGCGAACUCGGAUAUGACUGUCGUGGCUUUCAUCAUCAUGCCUGCACAGACAACAUCACUUGCUGUCGAGGCGUUGAAGGGUCAAGCAGUCAUCAAGUCCUUGCGAGAUACGAUCGGACACAUUGAGAGGAAUGUGAGCAAGAAGCUGUUCGAGAAGUCGCUGGCGUGGCAUGAGGGUACUGAGGUACCGGAUGAGAAGGAUCUGCUCACAUCCCAGGACAAAAUCAUGCUUCGAAGGCGGCUGUUUGCCAUGAAGCGGCACACACUCCCACCAAUUGUCACCCACAACUUGGUUGCCGACACCGAGGAUCCUGUUCUGAACCAACUUCGCCGAUGCCAGCUAUUCAAUCACCCUUCGGAUCGUGUAAAGGUCGUCUUCCACCCAGAAUUCUUGAGCUCGGGUAACCCAGUGCUGCCAAUGGACUACGACGACUUCGUGCGAGGAACGAACAUGGGUGUUUUCAGCUCGUACUACGAACCCUGGGGCUACACACCUGCAGAAUGCACGGUCAUGGGUGUGCCUUCGAUUACGACUAACUUGUCGGGAUUCGGUUGCUACAUGGAGGAGCUGAUUGAGAACGCUUCCGACUACGGCAUCUACAUUGUGGACCGAAGAAUGAAGGGCGUCGAUGACAGCGUCAACCAGCUAACCGAAUUCAUGUACGACUUCACCAAGAAGAGCAAGCGACAACGCAUUAACCAGCGAAACCGAACGGAGCGACUCAGCGAUCUCCUCGACUGGAAGCGAAUGGGCAUGGAGUAUGUCAAGGCGCGGCAGUUGGCUUUGCGGAGAGCAUACCCUGACAGCUUUGGCGACGAUAACGAAGAGCCUGGCUUCUUUGACGGGACUGAGAACAUCAAGAUCUCGCGACCACUAUCGGCACCAGGCAGUCCACGCGAGAGGAGUGGCAUGAUGACGCCUGGCGACUUUGCUUCAUUGCAGGAGGGCAGAGAAGGUCUGAGCACGGAGGAUUACAUUGCGUGGAAGUUGCCUGAGGAUGAGGAAGAACAAGAUUACCCCUUCCCGCUGACCCUCAAGGCCAAGAGCAAGGAGCCUGGUCAAGGUUUGGGUCUCAGCAGCGGCAGCGGAACGCCCACCAUGGUUAACGGCAAUGGCUCGACUUCCCUGCCUCUGCGAACGCAAGUUUCAUCGUCCUCUACGCAAUGA